AUGAGGAAUGUUUUAAUUCACAGAGCUAUUAUAUGCGGUGUAAUAGGAAUGAUACUAUGCGCAAAAUUAUCGGAGGCAUCAGAGGCUGCAGGUCUAGUAGGAGCUACACCAGGAGAGUCUCCAGUAAUUGCACCGCCAACGAAUGAAGCACCAAAAGAGCAAUUACCGACUGGAAGUUCUCCAUCUUUGGUAGAUUUAGCAGGAAAGCCUUCAGCAGAAGGAGCUCCAAAGGAGGAGUUAGCAGGAGAAGUUCCAGGAUUAGAUGCACCAGAGAAGACAAGUUUGGCAGGGCAGCCACCAGAGGACUCGAAAAAAGAUCCUGUUGUAGAAAAUAUACCGGGAUUAUCUUUGCCAGAAGAAAAAGAAAAAAAGAAAGAGAAAGAGAAUCCACUGGAACAAAAGGGAGGAAUGGAGCUGAAAGAUCCUAGUAUAGAAGAUCCAAACGAAAAAGAAAAGAAGGAUUUAAAUGCUGAAAAUGGUGCUAUUAACUUAGAUGGAAAAGAAGGUAUUCUAGACAAGGGAAAUAAGAUGCCAGAAAAUGACAUAAAAAUGGGCCCAGAUGGAAAGCCAAUGGAUGAUAAAGACAAAAAAAUAAACGAAAAUGAAAAAGUUAUAAAAGAUGAAGAUAAGAAGCUUAAUCAAAGUGAGAAUCCCUUGGACGAGAAAAAUAAGGAAAUUAGCCCAGAUGGAAGGCCUGUGAAAGAUGGAAAAGAUAAGAAACUAGACAAAGAUGCAAAUGGAAUUGCUGGAGAAAGUAAGAAGAAGGAUAAAAAUGAAAAGGCUAUGAAAGAUGGAAGCAAAGAGCUUGAAGUAGAUGAGAAAGAGAGACCUAUAGAAGACAGCAAGAAGCCUGGCUCUACUAGAAAGAAUAAAAGAAAAAAUCGAAGUGAAAAGCUUACAAAUGGCGAAGAUACUGGUGAUGACGUAGAAGGUUUGGGUGAAGAAAGAACAAAUAAUACUGGCCCAAAGAAGAAAAGAAGAAGAGGAUCUAGGUCGAAUCGCUCAGAUUCAACAGAAGAUAAAUAUGAUGACAGACAGAGGGGCGGAUCUAGCAACAACAACCAUAACAAUCCAAACAACCAGAACUCUAGCAACAACAUAUUUAACAUCUUUGGAAAUCCAGGGAGACAGGAUGACUCAUCUGGUAAAAGUAAAAGCAUAAAAGAUGAGGAUAAAAAACAGCCAGCUCAAAAUGUAAAUAAUUCUCAAGAGGGUAGGAGUGAAAAGAAGAAUCCAAAUAGAAAAAACGAUGUAGAUGCUGAAGAUGUUCGCAGUGAAAAAGAGAAGAGACAUACACAAAAUAGUGAAAGACCGAAUGAUCCAGAAGAUGACAGACGCUCAGAUAAAUACAGCAAAGAUAAACCAUCGAUAAGAUCUAGAAGAGAUGAUGUACAUACUCAUUCACACGAAAAUGAUAACAGAAGAGUAAGAUCUGAUGGCAUUGAUCAUACUCAUGAUGAUAUACAUAAUCACUCACAUGAAAAUAGAAAGAGAAAUAGAAGAUCAGCUGGCAAUAGCCACACUCAUGACGAUGUGCAUACUCAUGAUGAUAUGCAUACUCACUCACAUGAGAAUAGGAGUAGAAAUAAAAGAUUGAAUAGCAGAAUUCAUACUCACAACGAUGUGCACGAUCACUCAGACAGAAAGAGAAGAUCAAGAUCAGCUGACAGUAGCCAUACUCACGAUGAUGUGCAUACUCAUUCACAUGAAAAUAGAAAUAAAAGAUCAAGAGCAACCAAUUGCACCCACACACAUGACGAUGUAGAAAAUACAGAAAACCGAUCUGAUGGGUGCAGCGGGUGCUGUGAGCACGAAAAUAAAACUACUAGGUCAACUUCCAGAAAUUGCAGAAAGAGCGAUAGAUCGGGUGGAUGCUGCAGAGGCGGAAGUAACGACCGAAGCAGUAGCAGAUCAUUCAAUAGAAGCUGUGCACAGACUAACACAGAAGAAAUAGGUGACAAUUCAUGCGAAAACCCAGAAAAGUGCUGUAAGCAUGGAAGCGGCAGCCAGAGCUCCAGAUUAACUAAAAGAAGACGGUCAAAAAAGCGUGAUUCAAAAAUCUGCACAGAUGAAAACUGCGAAAAAGAAAAUGCAAAGCCAUCUGUCUGCGAUAAUUGCCAAAGGUAUCCGUGCGAGUGCCCUGAUGAAAGAGCCUCCUUGAGAUCCAAAAGAUCCAAAUCAAAAAGAAAGGGCUGUCCAGGAGGAAACUGCAGUGCAGAUGAUGUAGCGCAAGGGAGAGAGGUAGUGCAGUCCUCCAGCUCAAAAAAGUCAAAAAAAUAUUCUAAAAAGAUCCUGAAAUAG